GGGGGAAAUGGGCGGAGCAAGGCCAGGGUAGGGUGAGCGGCCUCCGAAGCGGAGCCGGGCUCUGAGGAGACGCUUUUUUUUCCCUCUUUCCUUUCCUUCUCUCCUCCUCUCUUCCCUUCCCCUCUCCUCCCCUCUCUCCUCCUUCCCCCCUCGGUCCGCCGGAGCCUGCUGGGGCGAGCGGUUGGUAUUGCAGGCGCUUACUCUCCGGGGCCGCCCGGCGGGUAGCUGGCGGGGGGAGGAGGCAGGAACCGCGAUGGCGCCUCAGAAGCACGGCGGUGGUGGAGGGGGCGGCUCGGGGCCCAGCGCGGGGUCCGGGGGAGGCGGCUUCGGGGGUUCGGCGGCGGCGGCGACGGCUUCGGGCGGCAAAUCCGGCGGCGGGGGCUGUGGAGGCGGUGGCAGUUACUCGGCCUCCUCCUCCUCCGCGGCGUUACCGGUGAAGAAGCCGAAAAUGGAGCACGUCCAGGCUGACCACGAGCUUUUCCUCCAGGCCUUUGAGAAGCCAACACAGAUCUAUAGAUGUUUUUGAACUCGGAAUCUCAUAGCACCAAUAUUUUUGCACAGAACUCUUACUUACAUGUCUCAUCGAAACUCCAGAACAAACAUCAAAAGGAAAACAUUUAAAGUUGAUGAUAUGUUAUCAAAAGUAGAGAAAAUGAAAGGAGAGCAAGAAUCUCAUAGCUUGUCAGCUCAUUUGCAGCUUAUGUUUACUGGUCUCUUCCACAAAAAUGACCAGCCUAGCCAACAUGCCAUCACAAACUCAGAAAAUGAACAAAAUUCUGUUACCCUGGAAGUCCUGCUUGUGAAAGUUUGCCACAAAAAAAGAAAGGAUGUAAGUUGUCCAAUAAGGCAAGUUCCUAGAGGUAAAAAGCAGGUGCCUUUGAAUCCUGACCUCAAUCAAACAAAACCUGGAAAUUUCCCGUCCCUUGCAGUUUCCGGUAAUGAAUUUGAACCUAAUAACAGCCAUAUGGUGAAGUCUUACUCGUUGCUGUUUAGAGUGACUCGUCCAGGAAGAAGAGAGUUUAAUGGAAUGAUUAAUGGAGAAACCAGUGAAAAUAUUGAUGUCAAUGAAGAGCCUCCAGCCAGAAGAAAACGAAAUCGUGAGGAUAGGGAAAAGACCUUUGUUGCACAAAUGACAGUAUUUGAUAAAAACAGGCGCUCACAGCUUUUAGAUGGGGAAUAUGAAGUAGCCAUGCAGGAAAUGGAAGAAUGUCCAAUAAGCAAGAAAAGAGCAACACGGGAGACUAUUCUUGAUGGGAAGAGGCUGCCUCCAUUCGAAACAUUUUCUCAGGGACCUACGUUGCAGUUCACUCUUCGUUGGACAGGAGACACCAAUGAUAAAUCUACAGCUCCUAUUGCCAAACCUCUUGCCACUAGAAAUUCAGAGAGCCUCCAUCAGGAAAACAAGCCUGGUUCAGUUAAACCUACUCAAACUAUUGCUGUUAAAGAAUCAUUGACUACAGAUCUACAAACAAGAAAAGAAAAGGAUACUCCAAAUGAAAACCGACAAAAAUUAAGAAUAUUUUAUCAGUAUCUCUAUAACAACAAUACAAGGCAACAAACUGAAGCAAGAGAUGACCUGCAUUGCCCUUGGUGUACUCUGAACUGCCGCAGACUUUAUAGUUUACUCAAACAUCUUAAACUCUGCCACAGCAGAUUUGUCUUCAACUGUUAUCAUCCAAAAGGUGCUAGGAUAGAUGUUUCUAUCAAUGAGUGUUAUGAUGGCUCCUAUGCAGGAAAUCCUCAGGAUAUUCAUCGCCAACCUGGAUUUGCUUUUAGUCACAAUGGACCAGUUAAGAGAACACCUAUCACACACAUUCUUGUGUGCAGACCAAAACGAACAAAAGCAAGCAUGUCUGAAUUUCUUGAAUCUGAAGAUGGGGAAGUAGAACAGCGAAGAACAUAUAGUAGUGGCCACAAUCGUCUGUAUUUCCAUAGUGAUACCUGCUUACCUCUCCGUCCACAAGAAAUGGAAGUAGAUAGUGAAGAUGAAAAGGAUCGAUGGCUAAGAGAAAAAACCAUUACGCAAAUUGAAGAGUUUUCUGAUGUUAACGAAGGAGCGAAAGAAGUGAUGAAACUCUGGAAUCUCCAUGUCAUGAAGCAUGGGUCAGUUGCUCUCCCCGGAAGGAAGAGUAUUCUCGGAUUUCACCUCGGAGGAGGAAGAAUUCAGGCUGCCAGAACUGGACUAGAACUUCUGUCAUGUGACUUCCUUGGGAAGCUCUGCCGCGCCCCCACCCCACCCCACCCCACCCCACCCCACCCCACAACAGCAGGCCACUGGAGUCCUGGGACCACCCCGGUCUGUGGCCCAAAUCCUUCCUCACUAAGGGGAGGGGAGGGGUGUUCCUGCUGGGCGGGGUGGGAAGGGGUGCUUGGGCAGGAUUGUGACAUAUGAUUGCCCUGGUAACAUGGAGCAGAUCUGGACCCGAGCCUAAUAAAGGUGGCAUAAAUAAAGGUGUCAUAAAGACAGGGCGGGGCGCAUGCUUAUAAGGGGCAUGAGCAUCUCAG